CUUCAAGUUAUAGAUUUAGAAGCGGAGAAGCUCCUAACUUGGAAAAAUGAGGUCCGUGUUCGUGGCUUUUUUCGUGAUUGCUCUCAUCCCUGUGAUCCAGCCUGCCUGUUGGCACCAGCUGAUAGAAGCAGAUGCGACUCACUGUCAGGAUGCCUUCGAUAAGACUUGGCAUCCGGUUGGAUCCCGCUGGAAAAACAGCCACUGUCAAGGCUGCUCAUGCGAUGCCGAGGGCAUGGGUUGCUGUGAUGGAUUGCCAGCAAGUGUGUCUGGAGGUUGCACCAUUAAAUAUGACUAUAAAACCUGUACCUAUGAACUGAUUCCUACGGAUAAGGAUGUUCCAUGCAGUGCUAUUGGAAAGUGAUUUUCAACUGUUUUGCUGUUGGAAACCAAAUUAAGGUUAAUCACAGAUUUACGAGACCAGAAAUGCAAA